CUUUGACACUUUUCAACUUCACUUCUCUUCAUUAUUGCCUUUGGACUGGAGUUCCUCUCUUUUCGUUUCGUUUCGCCGGGCGACCUUUCAUUCAGACUUCAUUCUCUUCGUCUCUAUCCUUUCUAUUCGCUCCAGGUCGAGUUUUAAUUAUUUUCUUCAACUUCGCCCUAGUGGCUUAUUUCCCUUCGAAUCUUUUGAGCGACUGUUAAGAGGCUUAAGCCAUCGAGAACGCCGGUGAUAAUUUAAUUAUCAACUUCCGAAAUCGUAGCCGAGACAUUUCGUUUAUUCAGUUUGCAGGACAUGAGGAUAUCUUGAGCAAAUCCGACCUCCUUCCCGGUUCGAAGGCCAAGCCUUUCGUGGGCGAAGUCCCAUUGCAUUCAUUUCCUCAACUAUAUCACAUUCCUUUCAUAAUGAGAUUAUCAGUUCAUGCAGCAGGCCUCGUGAGCCUGCUGGCAGGUCUCACGAGCGCCAUACAAAUGGACCUUAGUAGUGAAGACUCUGUCAAGCAGGCAGCAAGCACAGUUGCUUUUGGUCUGCUGAAGUAUUAUACUGGAAACAACACAGGCGACACUCCGGGAAACUUGCCUGACCCGUAUUUCUGGUGGGAAGCGGGAGCUAUGUUCGGAACGUUGAUCGACUAUUGGUUUUAUACCGGCGAUUCGACAUAUAACGCCGUGACGAUGCAGGCAAUGCAACAUCAAGCAGGCGAAGAUAGCGAUUACAUGCCGCAGAACCAGACAAGGACACUAGGUAAUGAUGAUCAAGGAUUUUGGGCCAUGGCGGCUAUGUCUGCUGCCGAGAACAAUUUCCCAAAUCCACCUGCGGGUCAGCCUCAAUGGCUAGCAUUAGCCCAAGCCGUAUUCAACGAAUAUGUGACGCGAUGGGACCCUCAAACUUGCAACGGUGGAUUGCGAUGGCAAAUAUUUACGUUCAACAAUGGAUACAACUACAAGAACUCAAUCUCUAACGGUUGCUUUUUCAACAUCGCUUCUCGGCUCGCGAGAUAUACAGGGAACCAAACAUAUGCUGAUUGGGCGGAGAAGGUCUGGGAUUGGAUGAGUGAGGUUCAAUUUAUCGACUCCGAUUUCAAUGUUUACGAUGGAGCUGGCGUAGAACAAAAUUGCGCCGAAAUCAAUAAGGCUCAGUGGACUUACAAUACCGGCAUAUUCCUUCAAGGUACGGCUAUGAUGUACAACUACACUGAUGGCAAUAGCACUUGGAAAGCACGAUUGGAUGGUAUGAUGAACAGGACGAUUGAUUUCUUCUUCGACGAUGGAAUCGUAGUCGAGCGACCUUGCGAAUCUUUCAACUCCUGCGACUUCGAUCAACAAAGUUUCAAAGGGUACUUAAUGCGCUGGAUGGCUUCAGCAUCGCAGAUGGCGCCGUUCACUUUCGAUACGCUCAUGCCAUUAGUUCAGUCAUCCGCCACCGCGGCGGCACAACAGUGCUCAGGCUCACCACCGGCUACCGCAUAUAAGGGCCCGGCCGGCACGGCGUGCGGUUUCAAAUGGACGUCUAAGGCAGACUUUGAUGGGCUUGCCGGUGUUGGGGAACAAAUGAGUGCAUUAUCUGCCAUACAGUAUACGCUGGUGAAGAAGCAAGCGGUUAAAGCCCCUGUAACUGCUGACACUGGUGGAACUUCUGUCGGCAACGUCAAUGCUGGUCGACCAAUGGAGGAAUAUAUGCCAAGUAUACCGCAAAUCACGAUAGGCGAGAAGGUAGCGGCCGGUUUCCUGACAACUGCGAUUGCAUUUAGCGUCGCGGGCGCAUCUUUCUUCAUAAUGAAAGAGUAGAAAAUUGGCAUCGCUAACGACGAAAUGAGGGAACCCCAGAAGACACCGGCUAGAGCGCUAGGAAUUCCAGAUAUAAGGGUGUGCUGGAAAUAUGCCUGGCACUGGGAGGGGUAUCGUACCAGUGGCGUUCCAGGCGAAUAUUUGACGAACAUAUUCAGAUGCUUUGAAAGCAAUUUUUUAAUCACGAAUAAAAUAUAUGUAUAAACCAAU